GGAAGAUGGAAUCUUCAAAACCAACUGCUAUACCAAAGGCAGUGCACAGACUAUGGGUGAGAAAAAGGAAUGUAAGCAUAGGGGUUGGAAAAAAUUGAUGCAACUGAAGAACAAUGAUUUCUACAUUGAGAAGGGAAAGCAGUAACUGAAAGUACAGGCUGAGUGUGAAACUGAAUGCUUCCACAGAACAAUUGUUAAGCUGCCUGAAGCACAAUGAAAAGCUGGCUGGUCUGUAUUGUUCCAUUUCUUCUAGGGACGUUCUGUACUUCCCAAAAUUUGUGCAGACCCCCUGAAAUUGAUUUUGGCGAUAUUGUGAGGAAUAUAAAAAUGGAGUACAUGGAACUUGACAGAAUACAAUAUGCGUGCAAUCCUGGGUAUGAUUUGGAAGGAUCUGAUUGGAUAACUUGUACAGUUGAAGACUGGACCCCUCAGCCAAAGUGCUGGGCACCCUGCAAUAUCACAAAAGAACGACUGGAUGAGAAAAACCUGCUUUUGCGUGGGGGACAAAGACAUUCAGCAUUGAUCAGGAAUGGCCAUACACUGGAAUUCAUGUGCCAGAAAGGCUAUAUUAUCAUCUCUCCAACAGUCCGAAAGUGUGCCGACGGGCACUUAACUUUGCCAACCUGUACUUCUGCUGAGACCGGCUCAGAGAUGUCCAUAACAGGAGAUAUGUCUUUGGAGACGCCACUACCACUAGCAUGGAACCCCCCUGCAGAAGUUCUAUGUACCACCCCACAAAUAGACAAUGGUAGCUUCCUCCCUGUACAAACUCAGUACAAGCUUGGGGAUAUGAUCUAUGCCUCAUGUUAUCCAGGAUAUACACUCGAACAUCGCAAUAACUCUUCUGAAUGUACCAAAUAUGGCUGGUUACCAUAUUUAAAGUGUAUAUCAAAACGCUGUGAUUAUCCCCACAUAGAAAAUGGAGCACUGUCUUGGUCCAAUACAUACUAUAGUGAUGUAUAUUUUCCCAAAAAAGAAGGAGAAACAAUCCACUUCAGGUGUAAUCGUGGCUUUCUACCAGAAAAUAAAAAGCACUGGCAUAUGAUUAGAUGCACUGAGCUUGGCUGGGAUCCAGAACCAAAAUGCUUUAAACAGUGCAUUCCUCCUAAACGUUUGCCACAUGGCCAAGUGACUGAUGACUCUAAGAAUAUCUUCAUAGAAGGUGACACAAUUUCAUUCCAUUGUGAUGUGGGAUAUCAGCCUGAACAUCAGUCACCAGUGGCCACAUGCACAAGAAAAGAUUGGUCGCCUGCUCUCAAUUGUUUGGCCACAUCUUCAUUGAAGAGUUUGAACUUGACCAGCACCUGAAGAUUGAAUAAUGUAUAUAAGCAAUUAUGUAUAUGUAUUCUUUAUCAGUAUAUUCUUUAUCUUUAUUGUUACAGAUCUUGUAAGGGUAUUUGCAUC